AUGUAUGUGUUUCUUGCGUUUGGUGCGAGCGUAAAUGGGUUUCCUUUCAUGCGCAAAGUUGUGGUUGUCGACGGUACGUUUCUUAAUGGUAGAUACAAAGGGACGCUUCUCACAGCACUAGCUCAGGAUGGUAACUUUCAGAUUUUUCCAAUAGCCUUCACAGUGGUUGACACUGAAAAUGAUGAUUCCUGGCAUUGGUUUUUUACGCAACUAAAACUUUUGAUUCUUGACGACGAGGGUCUUGCGAUAAUCUCGGAUAGGCAUAACUCGAUUGGGAAAGCAAUUACAAAUGUGUAUCCGCUUGCUUCUCGUGGAAUUUGCACAUACGAUCUAUAUAAGAAUAUACUGGGACGGUACAAAGGAAAAGAUGCAUUUCGUCUGGUGAAGAAAGCGGCGAGAUGUUUUAGGAUGUCUGACUUUACUCAGAUUUUCGAGGAUAUUGAAGCGAUUAAUCCAGCACUCCACGGCUACCUCCAAAGGGCUGAUGUCCGACUGUGGGACGCGUGUUCAUUUCCCGGGCGAGAGGGUCGUGUAACUGCCGCCAGAGAUUUGGCGGUACAGAGGAUUGAUGAUCAUCACACUGAAGUUAAAUAUGGAUCUUCCGGCGAGUCUUUGCAUGUUGUUAAUUUGGUAGAGCGAAAGUGCACAUGUCGCCGUUUCGAACUCGAUAAAUUACCAUGUGUACACGCAAUCGCAGCGGCGGAGUACAGGAAUGUUUCUCGUAUAUCUAUGUGCAGUCCUUACUAUACCAGCAAUUAUUUGGUUAGCGCAUACGCUGAAUCGGUCAUGCCGGUUGAUUCAGCGCAACCUGUUCCAGAACUCGUGGCUAACCAACGCUGCUUGCCCCCGACUGUACGUCAACCACCAGGCAGACCGAAGAAAAAUAGGAUGAAAUCUGCUUUAGAAGUUGCACUAUCAAACAAACGUCCUAGGAAAGAGCACACAUGUUCUCGAUGUAGACAGAGUGGUCAUAAUGCGAAAACUUGUCCGAUGUAA